CUGUACGUGCGCGAGCGUCUGUCUGGUCUCUUUGGUCUCCCUUCCACUGUCGGGAGUCACUGAGCGAGAGAUACCGGCAAGUGGCUCCACUCUGCUCCGCACCGGCUCGCGAACCACACUUGAAUGCUGUGGUCUUUCUGAACAUAUUUCUUCAUCAAAAACAUUGAAAAAAAAAAAAAAAAAAGAGAGCGAGCGAGCGAGAGAGAGACAGCGAGUGAGUGCACAGUCCGUGUCGCGUCCACUUUCUUGUGUUGGUCUGCGGGAGCUUUGACUUUAUGGUGACACAUGGAGGCCUUGGAUCACAAAUUCAACACCUUCUUGGAGUCAUGGUUGGGUCCCAGAGAUCAGCGGGUGCGGGGUUGGCUGCUGCUCGACAGCUACUCAACGACCUUUGCCCUCACCUUGGUGUACAUUGUGUUGGUGUGGACCGGGCCCAAGUACAUGAGACACAGGCAGGCGUACUCGUGCAAAGGCCUCCUCGUGUUGUACAACGUGGGCCUGACACUCCUCUCGCUCUCCAUGUUCUACCAGCUUGUUUCUCCUCUGCGGGACAGCAGCUACGACUUCUACUGCCAGGACUCACAAAAUGCACCGGAAAUGGAUAAUAAAGUCAUGAAUGCCCUGUGGUGGUACUACUUCUCCAAGCUCAUUGAGUUCAUGGACACUUUUUUCUUCAUCCUGCGAAAGAACAACCACCAGAUCACCUUCCUGCACGUCUACCACCACAUCAGCAUGUUCAACAUCUGGUGGUUUGUCAUGAACUGGCUUCCUUCCGGUCACUCGUACUUUGGACCUUGCCUCAACAGUUUCGUCCACGUGGUGAUGUACUCGUACUACGGCCUGUCAGCCAUCCCCGCCGUGCGGCCGUACCUCUGGUGGAAGAAGUACAUCACGCAGCUGCAGCUGAUCCAGUUUGUACUAACAGUGUUGCAGACACUGUGUGCCAUCAUCUGGCCGUGCGGUUUGCCCUUAGGAUGGCUGUACUUCCAAAUAACAUACAUGUUCACCCUCAUCGUCUUCUUCUCCAAUUUCUACAUUCAGACCUACAAGAAGCACACGAGGGAGCUCCAGAACGGCCGCGCCGUCCUGUCCACCAACGGUCACUCAAAAGCGACCACGGUACACAAAACAAAGACAAACUGAGUCUAUAUUGACGACUCCGACCUCGCUCUUAUGUCACUCAGAGUUUGCCGGUUUCUAGGGGGCGAGAAGAAAAGUCGAUUCAGACGAGAUCUGUAGCUUCCUUUGUUUUUGCUACUUGCGCCAUGAAGUGAAUUGAGUAAAAUGUUUCAUGUGUGUUCAAUUUAAACAAUAUUGACUAAGGAGGCUUUUCUAUGCAGAUGGUGCACAGAAGCGUGGUGUAAAUUUGAAGCACGCAAGCAUUUCAGAUUGCCCUUGAUGUGUAUGUAACAAGAGCGCACUUCUUGCGUCCUGCCUGUGCUGUUGCGUAAUCUCUAAAUACUGUAUGUCCUCUGUAGAGGGACCAGGACAGUGCAAGAUGCUUAUGGUCAAAUAUCUGCACAGUAGACACAUUGACGUGAAACAAACAAAUCUCUUAGUACUCCUUUUUAAUGUUACUCAGCAAAAAGGGGACUGGAGUUAUUUCAUUUAUUAAUAGUGCAAUCAGAGUCAGCAUUACAUUUUCAUUAUUUGAAGUAUUUCUAUUAAUGUGGUGCCUUGCCUUCAUGGACUUAUUUGGUUAACCACCACCGCCUCACUCAGCUGGUUCACUCUGUGCCUGACUUGACUAUAUUUUUGUUAUGACAUCACCAGCAAUAGAAAGUAAUUAGCUACAUAAGAAGUUGAUGUGUGGUGACAUAUUUAUUACAUUUCAUGCUCAAAGUGUGCAAAUUCACUCUGAUGUAUAGGCAGACUCUUGGUUGAUUUCACGCAGGAAGUUGAGAGUCAAAAAUGAUGCACUUACAACUGAUGCACUUCCUGUUUGUGUAGCGCACUGGCCCAUUAUAAAUUAUUUCCAUACAAUUUGCUCAGCCUGUUGCACAAUGAAUGCAUCAAACUUAAAAACUGUACACGGUUCUUUGAAUAAAAACCAGUUACUUCA